AUGAAUGGGGAGUCAAAUUGUGCGACUGCAGGUCUGUCUACCCAGAAGCAUCCUCCUGCUGCUGCUCCUGCGCCCACUGCAGCAGUACAGUCAGUUUUCUUCACUACAGUUGUUCAUGCAUAUUUGUUUACCAAUGGGAAAUAUGUGAAACAUGGCAAGUAUGGAGCAGCUGUAGUGGGCAGCAAUGAAACCAAGGAGUACAGAGUGCUUCUUUAUAUCAGCCAGCUGCAGCAGAUUGCGACCGCCAGCAUCCAUGCCUGGUUUGUAUUCACGGUGCAGCCCAACAACUACUGCACAUUUUAUGAUGAUCAGAGGCAGAAUUGGUCCAUCAUGUUUGAAUCAGAAAUGGUGGCUGUGAACUUCAGCAAGCAGCUGUGCAUUGCCAAGUAUAACAGCAGCCGUUCUCAUGACUCAGUGCUGUGCCAGGAUCUUGUUCUCGGAGACGGCCAAGGUGUGGCGACUGGAGAUGUCCUGGAGAUCACUUUUACAGGCUGGCUGUUCCAGAACGGUAGUCUUGGGCAGGUUUUUGACUCAAAUGUAAAUAAAGAGAAGUUGCUCCGGCUGAAGCUAGGCUCUGGCAAAGUCAUCAAGGGCUGGGAAGAUGGGAUGAUUGGCAUGAAGAGAGGAGGGAGGCGGUUCCUCCUUGUCCCGCCAGCAUUGGCUUAUGGGCCUUUGGCAGAAGCUGAACGCAUUCCUCCGGACUCAACUCUGGCCUUUGAGGUGGAAGUCAAACGGGUGAGGUUUACAAAGGGCGCUGGCUCCGCUGGACAAAGCCUGGGCCCCAGGUACUCCCUCACACCUUCACCAGCGCCACAAUCAGAAAGCCCCGCUACAGACCCACCCUGGCUGACUCCUCCUACUCCAGCUCCAAAGCCAGGGGAGCCAGCUGUGCGUGCCAAAUCAAGCUCUAUUAGCGGACAGCUAGCGGAGCCGCAUGCCAUUCAAGAAUUUUCAAUCUUCUGUCCGAACGACUACUGUCCAAUGGCGCCUCUUCAGUGGGCAACACAAGGUAAAAAGUGUGUUCCCUUGUUGUGCCUUGGUGAUGGUCACCAACUUGGGUGGCCUCAAAAGAGGGUUAGGCAAGUUCAUGGAGGAGAGGGCUGUCAGUGGCUGGAAACCGCAGGAGGGGAGAGGGCUCUUGCGCUCAGGUGCUGUUUGCAGGCUUCCCAUGGGGGCACCAGCAUCUUAAAAAGCAGAGACAUCACCUUACCAACAAAGGUCCGUAUAGUUAAAGCCAUGGUUUUCCCAGUAGUGAUGUAUGGAAGUGAUAGCGGAACCAUCAAGAAGGCUGAUCGCCGAAGAAUUGAUGCUUUUGAAUUAUGGUGCUGGAGGAGACUCUUGAGAGUCCCAUGGACUGCAAGAAGAUCAAACCUAUCCAUUCUUAAGGAAAUCAGCCCUGAGUGCUCACUGGAAGGACAGAUCGUGAAGUUGAGGCUCCAGUACUUUGGCCACCUCAGGAGAAGAGAAGACUCCCUGGAAAAGACCCUGAUGUUGGGAAAGAUGGAGGGCACUGCUUGUAUUGAGAUAGGCAACGCUGAUGCCUCUGCUUUCUUCCUAGCUCCUCAUCCAGCUAUCUGGGGGCUCCAGGUGCCUGGUGCCCCCCAGCCACACCCACCGCUUCCAAGAACCCCUCAAAACUGUCAGCCUUAUGCAGGGAUGCCAUAUGCUUACCCACAAGUGAGUGCCGCAGUUUCCCAGCUCCAGCCUGUUGGGUUGUGCCCAGCUCCUUUCCAAGCAGCUGGAGACCUUGGUUCAUUCCUGCUGACAGAGACCCGGCAGCAGAACACAGAGAUCCACCUGGCCGUUGGGAAGGUGGCUGACAAGAUGGACCAGCUGUCAGUCAAGCUGGAGGAACUGCGGAAGCAAAACUCUGGCCCCGGUUUGCUGCCAGGCAUCUCUUCUGUUACCAUGGAAACCUCUAUGAUCAUGAGUAACAUCCAGCGUAUCCUGCAGGAAAAUGAGAGGUUGAAACAGGAGAUCGUUGAGAAGAGAAGCUGCAUUGAGGAGCAGAACAAUAAGAUUGGUGAACUGAUUGACCGCAACCAACGCUAUGUGGAGCAGAGCAACCUGAUAUUUGAGCAGAGCAACAGCUCACUGCAGAGGACCAUGAAGCACACCCAGGCAAGGGUUCUACAUGCUGAACAGGAGAAGGUCAGGAUCAGCAAGAAGCUAGCGGAAGCCACGGCGCAGAUCACCCAGCUCCAGCUGGAGCUGACCCGUCAUCAGAAGCAGGAGAUGAAUCUUCAUUCCCAACUGAAUGAAGCCCUGACAGAGUUGGAGAGGCAGAAAGCCCAGGUCAGCCGACUCCGUGCACAGCUGGCGGAACUUGAGAAGUUGUCUGACGACAUGAAAAGCAGACACCAGGAGGAGAAGCUGAGUGGGAAGAAGUUGGAUGAGAAGGUGGUAGCCCUGGAAGAGGAGCUGGCUGAUCUCUGCGUUAAGAAGGAGAAUCUGGAGAAGACAACAACUCUGCAGCUGCUGGAGAGUCAGGAGGAGCAAAGGGGGAGCAGCAGCACCGAGGGGGAAGGACCUGCCGAAAGGAAGCAGCCAAGUGCCGCACCCCUUUAUGGGGAUCCCCACAGCAACUCUCUCCGAGAACCAGCACCAGUGGCAUCCCCCGCUCCUUUGGCUAAUCUCAAGGAAAGCUCAAGCAGUCCUCCAUCCACUGCUCUCGAAGGAGCCCAAGACAGACUGCUUUUUGCAGCUCCUGAGGCGCAUUCUUUGGAAGCACCGGUUGAACAAACUCGUGCAGCCUCUGCUCCGUGGACGCGUUUCUUCCCUCCUCCGCGUGGAAGUUUGGCCCGUUUGGGGACCGCGAAUGCCGCCGGCCGCUUUGGCUUGCUAGUUUCGCUUCCGCAGCCCAGCGCUUGCGCCAUGGCCGAGAAGUUGCAGCCGCGCACUUUGCGGCUCUCGCCUCCCGGCUUGGGCUUAGCCGAGGGGCGCGGGGAGCGAGGGGCCGUCAGGAUGUUGGGGGACAUGGAUGAAGAAGACGACGCCUUCCAGCUUCCGACGGGAGGGACCAGGCUGGCCUCUCUCUUUGAACAGGAUCAGACAGCUACAGAAUCUGGAAAUGUGCUCUUCCAAUACAGGCCAUCCAAGCGGGCCAAAAUUAGUCAUCCAGCUACCGCUGCAGGUCUGUCUACCCAGAAGCAUCCUCCUGCAGCUGCUGCUGCUGCACCCGCUGCUACUCCUGUGCCCACUGCAGCAGUGCAGUCAGUCUUCUUCACUACAGUUGUUCAUGCAUAUUUGUUUACCAAUGGGAAAUAUGUGAAACAUGGCAAGUAUGGAGCAGCUGUAGUGGGCAGCAAUGAAACCAAGGAGUACAGAGUGCUUCUUUAUAUCAGCCAGCUGCAGCAGAUUGCGACCGCCAGCAUCCAUGCCUGGUUUGUAUUCACGGUGCAGCCCAACAACUACUGCACAUUUUAUGAUGAUCAGAGGCAGAAUUGGUCCAUCAUGUUUGAAUCAGAAAUGGCGGCUGUGAACUUCAGCAAACAGCUGUGCAUUGCCAAGUAUAACAGCAGCCGUUCUCCUGACUCAGUGAUGUGCCAGGAUCUUGUUCUCGGAGACGGCCAAGGUGUGGCGACUGGAGAUGUCCUGGAGAUCACUUUUACAGGCUGGCUGUUCCAGAACGGUAGUCUUGGGCAGGUUUUCGACUCAAAUAUAUACAACACAAAGUUGCUGCGUGUGAAGCUAGGCUCUGGUAAAAUCAUCAAGGGCUGGGAAGAUGAGAUAAUUGGCAUGAAAAGAGGAGGCAGGCGGUUCCUCCUCAUCCCGCCAGCAUUGGUUUACAGGCCUUUGGCAGAAGCUGAACGCAUUCCUCCGGACUCGACCCUGGCCUUUGAGGUGGAAGUCAAACGGGUGUGGUUUGCAAAGGGCGCUGACUCCGCCGGACAGAGCCUGGGCCCCAGGGACUCCUUCACACCUUCACCAGCGCCACAAUCAGAAAGCCCCGCUACAGACCCAGCCUGGCUGACUCCUCCUACACCUGCUCCAAAGCCAGGCUAUGUGGAGCAGAGCAACCUGAUAUUUGAGCAGAGCAAUAGCUCACUGCAGAGGACCAUGAAGCACACCCAGGCAAGGGUCCUACAUGCUGAACAGGAGAAGCACAUGCCGCCACUGGAUCAGGGGUGGGACCAGGUCAGGAUCAGCAAGAAGCUAGCGGAAAGCAUGGUGCGGAUCUCCCAAAUCCAGCAGAGGUUGAUCUGUCUUCAGAAGAAGGGGAUGGAUUACCACUCCCAACUGAAUGAAGCCCUGACAGAGUCGGAGAGGCAGAAAGCCCUGGUCAACCAACUGCAGGCACAGCUGGCGGAACUUCAGAAAUCGUCUGACGACAUGAAAAGCAGGUACCAGGAGGAGAAGCUGAGUGGGAAGAAGUUGGAUGAGAAGGUGGCAGCCCUGGAAGAGGAGCUGGCUGAUAUCUGCGUUAAGAAGGAGAAUCUGGAGAAGCUUUCCCUGCUUAAAACCACAAGAAGCUCAGAGAACGAGAAGCUGUCACCACAGCAGGAACAGCCAGAGCCUGUGAAAGGGAAGGUGAAGAAGAUCAUGAACGAGGUCUUCCAGUCCCUGCGGGGCCAGUUCAACUUAGAGGAGUCCUAUACCGGCCAGGAGGUCCUGCGUAUCGUCCUGAACGCCAUCAAGACAACAACUCUGCAGCUGCUGGAGAGUCAGGAGGAGCAAAGGGGGAGCAGCAGCACCGAGGAGGAAGGACCUGCCGAAAGGAAGCAGCCAAGUGCCGCACCCCUUUAUGGGGAUCCCCACAGCAACUCUCUCCGAGAACCAGCACCAGUGGCAUCCCCCGCUCCUUUGGCUAAUCUCCAGGAAAGCUCAAGCAGUCCUCCAUCCACUGCUCUCGAAGGAGCCCAAGACAGACUGCUUUUUGCAGCUCCUGAGGGUCAUUCUUUGGAAGCCCCGGUUGAACAAACUCGUGCAGCCUCUGCUCAAACUGCAAGGCCGCCUCUCAGGCUCUCCGCCAGAACUGAGAAGGAGAGGCCAAGCACUCAGGGAGAAAUGGACACAAUAGACACCGCCAUUCUGGCACCUCCAAAUCCAGCGGCGGAUGAGAUGGCCCCUGCAAUGGAGGGGCCCACAAUGGGUCCAGAGGGCAAGGAGGAGAGUGGGGCAAGUCAGCACACCGCUGGCCCCACCUCUCAAGCUGCUCUAGCCGACAAGCAGCAGGACUUGGCUGGAGCCUCACAGCCAAGACCAGCGUCCAGCCCCACGGAAGCGGAUUCCAGUCUUCUUGAGGACAAGGGUGGUUUCUUCAAAGCUGCCACUCCCAAGCCAUGUGCACUGGGAACUCUGUUGGUAGAAGACGACGACGACGAGGUGGUAAGAGCUUUGAGGGGGUGCAGUGGUGUAUGGUGCCAUUUGGGACGGCUUAAGGUGGAAGGCAUAGAGGCCCUCAAUAGGUGUUUGAUAAACUAAAGUGGUGGUGUUUUGUUACCAGGGCACCACCAAUCUUUCCUGUGGCUGUUAGGGGCGCUGUAUUGUUACGGUUUUGUGG